GCUCUGCUUUUCACGCUUUGAGUUUUUCAUAAAGCAGUACAGUAAAGACAACCAACCAAAUUCAGAGACCAUGGGCUCCAACCUACCAUAUGCCGCGGACGCAGAGAGCCCGCUUAAACCCGCCGAACUCCAAGUCCUGCGCGCUCAGUACGAGAAAGAAGGCGACUACGUCGGCAUCCAGACCAAAUUCAACUUCGCCUGGGGCCUCAUCAAAUCCCCCUCCCGCACCGACCAACAAGAAGGCGUGCGCCUCCUCUCCGAGAUCUUCCGGGCCGCGCCCGAACGCCGCCGCGAAUGCCUCUACUACCUGGCGCUGGGCAACUACAAGCUGGGAAACUACGGCGAGGCGCGGCGCUACAACGACCUUCUCCUCGAGAAGGAGCCUGCCAACCUGCAGGCGGCCAGUCUGGGGUCGCUGAUCGAGGAGAAGGUGUCCAAGGAGGGACUGCUGGGGAUUGCGAUUGUGGGCGGGUUGGCGUUGGCGGCGGGUGUGGUGGGGGGCAUUGUGUUGCGGGGGUCGAAGAGGCGGUAAUUAUUUCUGUCACAUUGGUUUCUUGAGAGGAUUUGGGCUGAUUUCUUUUGUUGGG